AUGGCUACGUCUAUCCUCGGGGAAGAGCCGAGAUUUGGAACGACUCCCCUGGCCAUGCUGGCCGCCACCUGCAACAAGAUCGGCAACACUAGUCCCCUGACCACCCUGCCCGAGUCUAGCGCCUUCGCCAAAGGGGGCUUCCACCCCUGGAAACGCUCCACCUCCAGCUGUAACCUGGGCUCCAGCCUCUCGGGCUUCACGGUGGCCACGAGUAGGGGUUCCAACGGACUGGCCAGUGGCACGGGCACCGCCAACAGCGCCUUCUGCCUGGCUUCCACCUCGCCCACUUCCUCGGCCUUCAGCAGCGACUACGGCGGCCUCUUCUCCAACUCGGCGGCGGCGGCGGGCGUGUCCCCGCAGGAGCCCGGCGGGCAGUCGGCCUUCAUCUCCAAAGUGCACAGCUCGGCGGCCGAGAGCCUCUACCCGCGGGUGGGCAUGGCGCACCCCUACGAGUCCUGGUACAAGUCGGGCUUCCACUCCACGCUCUCGGCGGGCGAGGUGGCCAACGGAGCGGCCUCCUCCUGGUGGGAUGUGCACACCAACCCGGGCUCCUGGCUUGAGGUGCAGAACCCGGCGGGGGGGCUGCAGAGCUCGCUGCACUCGGGCGCCCCCCAGGCCUCGUUGCACUCCCAACUGGGCACCUACAACCCCGACUUCAGCUCCCUCACCCACUCCGCCUUCAGCUCCACCGGCCUGGGCUCCACGGCCGCCUCGCACCUGCUCUCCACCAGCCAGCACCUGCUCACCCAGGAGGGCUUCAAGCCCGUGCUGCCCUCCUACACGGACUCCAGCGCGGCGGUGGCGGCGGCCAGCGCCAUGAUCUCGGGCGCCGCCGCCGCUGCCGCCGGGGGCGGCUCGGCCCGCCCCGCCCGCGGGCUGCACAGCUGCCACAGCCCCGGCUGCGGCAAGGUGUACGGCAAGACCUCGCACCUGAAGGCGCACCUGCGCUGGCACACGGGCGAGCGGCCCUUCGUCUGCAACUGGCUCUUCUGCGGGAAGCGCUUCACCCGCUCCGACGAGCUGCAGCGGCACCUGCGGACUCACACGGGCGAGAAGCGCUUCGCCUGUCCCGUCUGCAACAAGCGCUUCAUGCGCAGCGACCACCUGAGCAAACACAUCAAAACGCACAACGGGGGCGGCGGGGGCAAAAAGGGCAGCGACAGCGACACGGACGCCAGCAACCUGGAAACGCCGCGCUCCGAGUCCCCCGACCUCAUCCUGCACGAGGGGGUGGGCGCCGCCGCCCGCGGACCGGAAAAUACAUCUGCCGUGAAUACUAAUAACCGCGUCCCACCUCCUCCGCGCCACUGUUGCACAAAAGCGGCCGGGCAGCGCCGGCAUCGCCUGUGCCCUGGGGCGGCGGCGGGAGCCCGGCGGGCCGUUCCGCGGACCGGGGGAAGGGAGCCUCCCGGGAGCGGCACCGCGCAUCACAGCUGCCGACAGCACCUUCCCCGAGAGCCGUUCCGGAAUUUUCUUGGCCAAAAGCAUCCCGGCAAGGUGUCUUUCCUCCCUCCCCCGGCCGGGUGCCGGCAGGUUUCCCGGCGGGCAGGGGAGGGGAGCGGGCGCGGGGGACGCGCUCGGGCGGCGGGACCUGUCUAUCCUCCCUGCCGGGCGGCCUGGGGGCUGCGCAGGAAUGCACCCGCGCGGGGUGCUGGGCAGAAGUCAGCUUUGUUUUCGAUUUAUAAUAAAACACAUCAAAGGACACCAUCCAGGUCCAGUUUCUGCCAGGCCGAGGUUACAAUUCUCAGCUCAGUGAUCAAGGACCUUUUUGCAUUGCCUUUGCCCCUUCGGGUCAGAAAACGUCCAUCACUUACAGACUCCCCAGAAACGAGGAAGGGAGCAGCUCUGGGCCGCAGAGCCGAAAGGCGAGCAGGAACAAGACGGAGCCCGCACACCGGGACGCUCCCGGCGCUGCCCCGCGCGGGGUUGCACGGCGGCUGCCGGGCGCCACCUAGAGGCGCUCCCGCGGCGGCCGCGGGCUGGGGGGCGCGGCCGGGGCGGCCGCGGGGGCGGCGGCGCUGCGCGGCCCGGGCCGCGGCGAGGAGCCGGGAGCGGGAGAGCGGGGCGCUGCGGCGACUGGGGCGGGACGGGGCCGCGGCGGGGCCGGGGAGGGCCUCUGGGAGCGGGCAGGCUAGCGCGAACUUCUCUGGAAGACGGCGGGGCGGGACGGGCCCGCCGCGACCGCGCGCACACCCAGCCCGGGGCAGCCGGCCCGGCCUCGCCGCUCCCCGGGCCGCCAACCGGAGGGGCGACCGGGCCCUCGACGGUCACCGCUCCGCAACCUCCGUGCGGCCCCGCACAUGCGGCCGGGCGCGGCUCCCGGCGGACACCCGCCGGCGGGCCCCGGGCGCGGCUCUGCCGCCGCCGCCGCCUCGGCGCCGCUGUUGUUCCACAAACGCGCGGCAGCGCUGCUCCCGAGAUGUGCUAAUUGGUACCUGGCUGGCAGGGCGCGGGGUCCCUGUCCGCUCCCCGGCACAAAGUAGGCUGCUAGAAAAUUUGAAAUUGCCUUUCAGCCUAAAGCUGCCUUACCUGAAUGUCAUAAUUACACGAGAAUUAAUCAAUGACAACAACAUAAAUAGAGAGCUUCCUUCAGGGAUAUUUAUUGUACCGAUACGAGCAGGAGCCCCAUCUGGGAGUCACCCGUCUAUUUACUUUCGGAGUAGCAAUAAUUUAUUGCUCGGCGUUAAUUCUAAGCCGUGGGUCCGGCGGGGCGGCACACCAGAAAAACGGCCCGGGACCCCUCGCCCGAAGCUCCCCGCCGCCCUGCCCGCCCCCAGAGCCGCCCGACGGAGCGGCCGGGAGCCCAGCUCGUCCCGUCCCGACGCAGCCCCAAGACCCCGGGCCAAGCAGCAGAAGAGCGCCCGGCAGAGCCGCUCGCCCGUCCCGGGAGAGCCGCCGGUCCCCGCUCCGACACCGGAAAGUCCCGGCCACGGGUCCCGUCCUCCCCGCCAGGCUGAGGGAACCCCCUCACCGCGCCGCGGCCCCGCCGCCCAGCCCCGCAGAAGCUUAACCCUAUUCCGCGGCUUUAACGAAAAUAAAUAA